AUGUGGAUUAAGACUAUAUUCAUAUUUAUUGGUCUAAUUUGGUACGGUCUCUCUGGAUCCGCAGCUCCUCCACCGGAGAAAGAUUAUAAAUCUCUUUUUCAUACCAAUAUUUUUGAAGCGUUUAUACCGUUACCAGAAUAUCCCAAAAAUGUAACCCGUAAUUAUACAUUUGAACUGUUAAAUGUUUACUUGGCUCCUGAUGGCUUCACUCGUCCAGUAUGGUCGGUGAAUGGGCAAUACCCCGGUCCGAUGAUCCGUGCAAACUUUGGUGAUAAAUUUAAUAUUACAGUGAUAAAUCGUUUGGGUGAUCCCUCUGCAAUUCACUGGCACGGUAUUGAUCAAAAAGGCACAAAUUGGUUUGACGGUGUUCCUGGGACUACUCAAUGCCCGAUUCCAAACGGGAUUAACUUUUCGUAUGUAUUUGACCUCCAACAAUCCGGAACUUACUGGUAUCAUGCUCAUCUCCUUGCUCAGCUUGUUGAUGGACUAAGGGGUCCCUUGGUAAUACACGAUCCUGAUGAUCCAAAUAAACACGAAUAUGACUACGAAUAC